UUUUGGAGCUACCUACCUAAAAAAUGUAAAUAUUUUCUAAACAAACGAGAUCACGCUAUGGUAACGAAAUUUGGAAUACUACCAUAUCAGGUGCCAGUGACCGAACUAACAGAAACAGCUUCAGUACUUAUCAGGAUAAUGAAGAACUUGGCAUACUGUCUAUUCCUCUUUGCCUUCUUGCUUGCUCGGGGUAGUGGAGAAGAUGCACCUUGCGGAAGUUGUCCGAAUCUGCUAACGAUGAGAGGAUCAGCGAAGAUUGUGUCCAGCUUUCGGGAACUUUGUCUCAAGCCAAACGGUUUGGAGGAAUUGAAGGAAUGCUUGUGCGGAGACAUCGACCUAACUUGCAUUGGUGACGUUUUUAAUAAGUGUCAACUGCUCGACGGUCCAAUUCUUCCUGGUUCAUUGAUUCGCUUUAAUUUUAACUGUCUAAAUGCCACUGAGUUGCAUCAUCUCAGGUAUUGCAUAUGUAUCAUGUCAGCUGAAAGUUGUCAAUCGCAUUUCCUAAAAUGCGCUCAGGAAGGUGUACCAAUUUUGUUUUUAUAAAUUUAAGUAA